GUCCGACGCAGGCACAACACCGGGAGCAUCCAGGAUGUUAAUGACCGUCCCCCUCCUCGCCCUGUUCCCCGUGCUCCUCCGUGCCGCCCCGGACGCCUGCGACCAAGACAAACUCCUCCUCUACCAGGUGAACCUGGAAACCAACUGGUCGCGGGAGGCCUUCCCGAAGCACUAUCCCGAAUGGAGGCCCCCCGCUCAGUGGUCCAAAGUCGUCGGGAGGGCGCAUUGCGAGGAGUACGAGAUGUUCCGCCUGAAUCGGAUCGCUUCUGAGGCUCUCCGCCAGUUCGCAGAGGGAGGGAGAUCUGAACUCUUCGAGGAGGAGGAUUCACAGGGGAAUGGGGGGAUACUGGAUGCAUUCGUUGGACCUGCCAUACAGCGAGGGGUUGGCGUCUCUCAAGCUGAAUUCUUCGUCGAUGCCUCUCAUUCGAGGGUGUCCCUGGUUUCGAGAAUCGUUCCUUCUCCGGACUGGUUCGUCGGUGUCGACAGCCUUCGACUCUGCGUCUCCGGGAAAUGGGCAGAUAUCAUCACCGUCGAGCUUCAUCCUCUGGAUGCAGGCACAGACAGAGGCUUUACGUUCACCUCGCCGAAUUGGCCCCAGGAGCCGCAAGUCCCCAUCGAAAGACUCACAUCCAACUUCCCCGAUCAUCCGGCCUCCUCCUUUUAUUACGAAGAUAAGGAAACUCUCCCGCCCAUUGCUGUCCUACGGAUCACCAAGCUGAGGGAAUACCGAGCAGAGAGCCCAUUGGAGAUGGAGCUCCGGUCCCCCGAUUUAGAAGUCGUCAACGUUGAUAUCGGAGAGCACGACAUCACGUACGAAACGUUACGAGAAUCUCGUCUCAACGCGUCUCACUUCACCGUUCCUCAAAGCAGACGGCAAGAUCUCUUGCUUGAUGAUUCAGCAGAUGAAGACGAAGGAAACAGCUCUUCUGUUCCCAGCCAAAUCCUCGACGAUUACGAGACAUUCAAGAAGGAGACGGUUUCUAGCCACCAAAGCGGGGACAAAAGAAAGAGGAGGAGACGAUCGAGACACUGCAUCGUUUCAGCCUGGUCGGAGUGGUCUUCAUGCAGUCACAAGUGCGGGUUCGGCGAAUCCACCCGAGAGAGAGUCGUCGUCCAGCACUCGAAGAAGGGGGGCAAGCCCUGCCCGCCUCUGAAGGAGACCCGAUGGUGCUCGUCUUCCGCCGAAUGCACCGAUUCGCAUCAUUACUUCGACUGGGAACCCCCAAACCCUUGACUAUCUCUCUUCGUUUAGUGGCUUGCUGAUCCAACUUUCUCGCGCUGCCCUGCUGCCGAACUCAUCUAUCGCAGAGUUCUCAAAAACGGUGGCAGGAACCAUCCCAAGAAUGCAGCCUUCUCCUGACAACAGCCUUAUACACACUGCUUCAGAGUACUAUUGCAAAAAAUUAAGCACAAUUAUUUAUGAUUUCUAGCAACGGAUC